AUUCAGCAAUAUUUAACAUGAUUUAAUUUCAGAUGAAUCGGAACCCAGUAGUUCAGGAUCACAACCUCCAAGCUAUCAGCACAUCCCAGUACCAGGAUCAAAUGCAGAUGAGACCUACCUCACACUAGCUUAUGAGGUAGUGCUAAUAGGCCUUGGCCAACAGAGAGUCAUGCCACAUGGUGUCUAUGCCCAGGACAAAUCUUGCAAAGCUGAAGAGGAACUUAUUGCAAAACACAGGGAAAUAACAAUGGAUUCCAGACUAGUCUCUGUACUCCAGAAACAAGCUUCAUUACUGAUUGAUGGAGGACCAUCAAGUGGACUAGGGAUUCCCAUACCACCUCAGAGUGUACCAAUGCAUUCCUUUGGUCAUUACUUGUUCAAGGUGCUGUUACAAUACAACCAGAACUUAGCCUAUAGAGUUGGGCUUAGGGCAAUGAGGUAAUUAUCUGUUAUUUAUU